CUCUCUCUAUCUCUCUCUCUAUCUCCUUUUAUCUCUCUGUUUCUCUUUCUCUCUCUCUCUCUCUCUCUCUCCCUCCAUCCCUCUCCCGCUGAGGAUUCCUCUGUGCCUGCUGACCAACAUCUCGCCUCUCUCUCUCUCUCUCUCUUUCUCUGUCUCUCUCUUUUAUUUCCAUACAAACCCAGCAAACCCACAGAUCAGCAAUGUCGUCGAAACUGCCCCCAGGUAAACCGAAGCCCACCUCCCCCUUCAGAAAGAGGGGCAGCCUGCAGUACGCCGCCAGCACAGAUCUGCGCGGCGGUCGUCAUCUCCUAACAUCCCAGUAUUCCUUGCCUGGGAUCCCGGUUUCUAAGCACGGACCUAUUGACCUGCGGACCUCCAUGGAUGGCAAAUACAAAGAAAUCGCGGAGGAGCUGUUCUCGCGCAGCCUGGCUGAGAGCGAGAUGCGCAGUGCUCCGUAUGAGUUUCCUGAGGACAGUCCCAUAGAGCAGCUGGAGGAGCGCAGACAGAGACUGGAGAGGCAGAUCAGCCAGGAUGUGAAGUUUGAGCCCGACAUCCUCCUGCGAGCGAAGCAGGAGUUUAUGAAGACUGACAGUGCCACAGAUCUGGAGUACCUGAAGGAGCAGAACCAGGUGCCCACAGAUAUGUACCCAGAGCGAGAGCUCAUCCCCGAGAGAGAGUACCAGAGAGUCACCAUCUCCGGAGAAGAGAAAUGUGGAGUUCCGUUCACAGAUCUGCUGGAUGCUGCUAAGUGUGUGGUGAAGGCUCUGUUCAUCAGGGAGAAGUACAUGGCUCUGUCCUUACAGAGUUUCUGCAGAACCACAGCGAGGUACCUGCAGGAGCUUGGGGACAGGCAGCUGGACCUCAACAUGUUUGAGGAGGUGCCUGAAACUUCUGGCACUGCAGAUGCCACAGUCCACCCUCCAGUGUCGAAGACACACCCCUAUGAGGGUAUAAACUUCAAAAGCCUGCCUCCAGACAUGGGCUACAGCUGCAGGAUGAUGGAUGGGGUUGUCCAUGUGUACACUCACAAAAGCAACAUGGAGAAAGCCACUGAGCUGGACCUACCCUACCCAGACCUGCAGGAGUACAUCGCUGACAUGAACGUCAUGAUGGCCCUCAUCAUUAAUGGACCCGUGAAGUCGUUCUGCUACCGUCGGCUUCAGUACCUGAGCUCAAAGUUUCAGAUGCACAUCCUCCUAAACGAGAUGAAGGAGUUAGCGGCUCAGAAGAAGGUUCCUCACAGAGAUUUCUACAACAUACGCAAGGUGGACACACAUAUCCACGCUUCGUCCUGCAUGAAUCAGAAGCACCUGCUGCGCUUCAUUAAGAGAGCGAUGAAGAAGUAUCCUAAAGAGACAGUCCACGUGGAGAAAGGACGAGAACAGACGCUUAUGGAAGUCUUCGAGAGCAUGAACCUCACAGCCUUCGAUCUCAGUGUGGACACGCUGGACAUGCAUGCAGAUCGCAACACUUUCCACCGCUUUGACAAAUUUAACGCCAAAUACAACCCCAUCGGAGAGUCCAUCCUCCGAGAGAUCUUCAUCAAAACAGACAACCACGUCGAAGGGAAGUACUUUGGACACAUUAUCAAGGAGGUGAUGGCGGAUCUGGAGGAGAGUAAAUAUCAGAAUGUUGAGCUGCGUCUCUCCAUCUACGGACGCUCCAGAGACGAGUGGGAUAAACUGGCUCAGUGGGCCGUCAAACACCAGGUUUACUCCGACAACGUUCGCUGGCUCGUCCAGGUGCCUCGACUAUUCGACGUUUAUCACACCAAACGACAGCUCAGCACUUUCCAGGAGAUGCUGGAGAACAUCUUCCUGCCUCUGUUUGAAGCAACAAUCAACCCAAGCAGCCACCCUGAGCUGCACCUGUACCUUCAGCAUGUGGUCGGGUUCGACAGCGUGGACGACGAGUCCAAACCAGAGCAGCACAUCUUUAACCUGGACAGUCCUUUACCUGCCAACUGGAUAGAGGAAGAUAAUCCACCUUACUCCUACUAUCUCUACUACAUGUACGCCAAUAUGACUGUGCUCAACCACCUGCGCAGGAAAAGGAACUUCAACACAUUUGUGCUCAGGCCGCACUGUGGUGAGGCAGGACCCAUUCACCAUCUGGUGUCUGGCUUCAUGCUCUCAGAGAACAUCUCCCACGGCCUACUGCUCAGAAAGGCUCCGGUGCUGCAGUAUCUGUAUUACCUGGCUCAGAUUGGCAUUGCCAUGUCUCCUCUCAGCAACAACAGCCUGUUUCUCAGCUACCACCGCAACCCGUUGCCAGAGUACCUUUCUCGAGGCCUCAUGGUCUCCUUAUCUACUGAUGACCCUCUCCAGUUCCACUUCACAAAGGAGCCACUGAUGGAGGAGUACAGUAUAGCUGCUCAGGUGUGGAAGCUGAGCUCCUGUGAUAUGUGUGAACUGGCCAGAAACAGCGUCCUCAUGAGCGGUUUCUCCCACGAGAUGAAGAGUUACUGGCUGGGGCCCAAAUACAUCAAAGAAGGCCAGGAAAGCAACGACAUCCGCCGGACCAACGUGCCGGAUAUCCGCCUGGCGUACCGCUUUGAGACCAUGUGUGAGGAGCUGAAUCUGAUCACCCAGGCCGUGAGGAGCGAGGAGCUGGAGACUAUAGAGGAGGAGGGCUCUCUGUGUAUGAGCGCAGUGCCCAGUGACCAGUAGACAUGAGCGAGAGGAGGCUUUUGGGCGGCAGAAAGACAAAUUGAAUGAAAACACACUGAGGAGAUGUGAUGUAUUGAGUGAGGAAUUUGAUUCAAAUGUGUUUCCAUCAUCAUAGCACAGUUAUAUCAGUUGUUAUUAAUGAGAAGAUGAGCCACUGGUAAAACAUGAAGGGGAGUUCUUAUAAUGCUCAACAUGGCUUCUAUUUAGAGACAAAUCCCUGCCUUUUAUCAAAAAGAACCAAUCAGCUUUCUGCUUACGAUGUGAGUAGAGGAAGUUUAGUGUCCCUCAAUGUGGAGAUCUGUGCAAGCGCAGCAGCCAUAACAAGUCAAAAAAUCACAUUUUGUGCAUAUUUGAGUCAAAUGCUAUAAUCUAUUAACAAAGUUUUUGUCUUAAUUUAUCACCAGGGUGGAGUAACAAAGCCAGGCCAUAGUCAGUCCCAUUUAGCAGCUGCAUUUAAAACAAUUAAACCCCAUCAAGCUGCCGGUGCUCAGAGUUAGCAAAAUUGGCCCUGCUCUCUCCCCACAUCACUAAAGUGUGAUGUCCGCAGCACAGGGCGUCUGUGAGCUGAUGUAUCAGAACCGAGUCACUAAACAAACAAACAAACAUCAAACUAAACUAAACAAACACAAAUAAACGCCUAAACACACAUAUAGACACAUAUAUAACAUAACUCUACCCAGAAACAACAUAAAAUCCCCCAAAAUGAACAAAGGGCAAAUGCUGAGGAUGCUGGAAACCUCUCAGAGAACUUAUAAGCAAACCCAAACCACAAUAUGUUGUUUAAAUAGUAUUUUGACUCACAUCUUUGAGUAUUUUGGUCUCUUCCCAUUUAAAGAAAUGGGAUGCAGGUCUUGUAUGACUGGAGAUAAGUGCCAGGAGGAGUGGCAAAGAUGUUUUCAGAGUGAACAGACUUGACUAUAAGGACUAACUGCUACUACAACUGACUGAAAGACAUCACUGUAUUGAUGGAAUAUGUGGUAUUCUUAAGUAAAUGCUGUACGCACAUUUGAAUCAAGUCAUUUGGUAACACUUUACUUGGAUGGUCCAUUUUAUGGCCUUGUUGAUGCUCAACUGACAUUCAACUAACACUGAAUUGAAUGUCCAUUAAAUUUAACUUAACCCUAUGUUGAAUGUAAAUGAUUCAAAAUAGAACCUACCCGUACACCUUACCCUAACCUUAACCCUUAAUCAACCCUAAAAUUAAACCCUACACCUAACCCUAACCUUAACCCUUAAUCAACCAUAUAAUCAAACCCUACACCUAACCCUAACCUUAACCCUUAAUCAACCCUAAAAUCUAACC